GCGGCCACACUGCUCUGCCGACGCGCAAAAACAAACAAAAACUUUAUCAAAUAAAAUUAAUUUAUACAUAAAUCUCUUAAUUGAAAUAGUUAAAUUUUAUUAAGUUGUAAAGAGAUGACGUGUGGAAAAUGUCGCGGUCACAAGGAGCGGAGCGUGAAGUGCCUUAUAGCCGCUUUGGACACAAUCAAAGAGCACGCCUUAAUGAUGCAACGAGACUCAGAGGAAAGUGCCAGAACCAUAGAACAGCUAAAGAUCCACAAUGAAAAGCUACACAAGGCCUUGGACUUGCUGAAGGAGCGGCAGUCAUCCUUGGUCCAGGCGGAGAAGCGCAGGAAGCUGUUGCCCACGAAGAUCAAGGAUGACAUAUCGCCGCAGCCACAAAGCCAAAACUCCCUGAACAUGAACAUAGCCAUCAGCAACAUAGAUCUCUCCGACGAGGAGCAGGAAGUGGAGGAGGACGAGAGCAUUACCGAAACGGAGACCACUGCCCGCAGCCCGCGCAAACUGCGAUUGCCAAGUCGGAAGACGGACAUGCGGGAUCUGGAGAAUGUGCAGCCAAGCAAUGUUUCCGCGGUGGGAAAUAGUUGGACCCGCAAGACACCCAAGAAUCAGGGAGUCCUUACAAAGCUAUCACUCACGCACAAAAACAACAGCUUGCAUUUGAAGCAGACUCGCCUAAAAUUCGAAGCAAAUAAGACGAGCACCAGUGAAAAGGAAGUCAUAGAGGAGAGUCCCAAUUUGAGCACCAGUCUGAAGAGAUCUAGACCGCAGAGAUCUUUAUUGCAGAGUUGCAGAACAGACAACACGAGCGUUUCAAACGCAGACGUCUCGCUUACCAUCACCAGCAAUAGCACAGUCAAGUCCAUAGAGCCAAGUUUUCAGUUGGAUAUGGACGAGUUUAAAUUGGACAGCUCGGAACAUCAGAUAUUGCCCCCACCGAACACGCCGCCAGGCUUAAAGAUCAGCAACAUCUCGGAUAGUGUAGUUUUAUUGACGCCUGCGACCCAGGAUAUAAUCUUUGUGAAUGAUACACUCGAAGAUGUGAGCAAACUGGGCACCAUGGAUGUUCUGGCCGAAAUUCUGAAGGACGAUGACGACACGUGCUCGAGUGCUUUAAGACAGUACGAGAAGGUUAUGAUUAACCAGCAGAAGCAGACCCUACCAAAUGCCCCAAAAGUGGAGAGCGUCAUUCCAAUUAGCAAAGCCGUGAAAAUGGAACCUAUAUCCCAGCCAGAAACCGAUUUAGGCAACGAAUCAACAAAACUGCCCGAGGAUAUUGAAAAGUAUCUUAUGGAUAUCAAGGAAGAGGAUAGCAGGCAUUCGGAGGAGGAGUUUCCGCGACCGCUUUUGAUCAAGGAGGAACCUUUGUUGACGGUCAAAGAACGUUUCAACAUCGAAUGCGUUGAGUGCGAAAAGUUCAUCAAUUUUAUGGGCUCAAAUCUGACAGACGCGAAGAUCAAAGAUUAUUUGGCCAAGUGCCGGCAUGAAGACGCUCGCAGUUCAACUCCGCCGGGAUUCUGGAAUCCACACAUGGUGUCCUUCGCAGAAGGCGAUCCACGCAACGAGGUUUUGAUAGACACCCGGUUUUGGGACCAGAGAUUAAACAAAUGACACUUAGGCAAUCAUUUUACCAAUAGUUAUUCAGUUUAGACCAUUUCAUUUAUUUUUGAUUUUGUUAAAUCUCUAUUCGAUCACAAUUGAUUUACAAGUUUCCUCGCUUGGCUUGUUCAAUUUCAAUGGCCGUGAACAAGGACUUAAAGUUGCCAGCGCCAAAUCCCUGAAAUAGUUAUUAUAUGAAUUACUUGUUCUUGGCAAUAGUAGGUUAAGCAAUAAAUCUUACAUUAUGA